UGGUCUGCCUCCCCUCACAGGUCCAAAGCAGAGAUGCGGCACACUUGCCGCGGCACCAUCAACCUGGCCACGGCCAACAUCACCGUGGAGGACUCCUGCAACUUCAUCAUCUCCAAUGGCGGUGCCCAGACCUACCAUCUUAAGGCUAGCUCGGAGGUGGAGCGGCAACGCUGGGUCACUGCCCUAGAGCUGGCCAAGGCCAAAGCUGUCAAGAUGCUGGAAGAGUCAGAUGACUCUGGCGAUGAGUCGGUAUCGCAGACAGACAAGACAGAGCUGCAGAGCACGCUGCGCACCCUGUCCAGCAAGGUGGAGGAUCUGAGCACCUGCAACGACCUCAUUGCCAAGCACGGCACGGCCCUGCAGCGUUCCCUCAGUGAGCUGGAGACCCUCCGGCUGCCAGCCGAGAGCACCGAGAAGAUCAAGCAGGUGAACGAGCGAGCCACCCUCUUCCGUAUCACUUCCAACGCCAUGAUCAACGCCUGCCGGGAUUUUCUGGUGCUGGCCCAGACCCACAGCAAGAAGUGGCAGAAGUCGCUGCAGCAUGAGCGGGACCAGCGCAUCCGCCUGGAGGAGACACUAGAGCAGCUUGCUAAGCAGCACAACCACCUGGAGAGGGCUUUCCGUGGCGCCACUGUCCUGUCUGCUAAUGCGCCUGGCACUGGGGGCUCAGUCAAAGAUCCAUGCUGUCCUGCGAAAGGAGACAUGAGCGACGAGGAUGAUGACAACGAGUUCUUUGAUGCCCCAGAGAUCAUCACCAUGCCAGAGAGCAUGGGUCACAAACGCACUGGCAGCAACAUCAGUGGCACCAGCAGCGACAUCAGCCUGGACGACCAGUACAAGCACCAGCUAGAGGACACCAAGAAGGAGAAGAGAACCCGCAUCCCCUACAAACCCAACUACAGCCUCAACCUCUGGAGCAUCAUGAAAAACUGCAUUGGGAAGGAGCUAUCCAAGAUCCCCAUGCCGGUGAACUUCAACGAGCCGCUGUCCAUGCUGCAGCGCCUCACAGAAGACCUGGAGUACCAUGAGCUGCUCGACCGGGCAGCCAAGUGCGAGAGCUCUCUGGAGCAGCUGUGCUACGUGGCCGCCUUUACUGUCUCGUCCUAUUCCACCACUGUCUUCCGCACCAGCAAGCCCUUCAACCCACUCCUGGGGGAGACCUUUGAGCUGGACCGCCUGGAGGAGAAUGGCUACCGCUCCCUCUGCGAGCAGGUGUGUCACCACCCACCAGCGGCUGCCCAUCACGUCGACUCCAAGCACGGCUGGACACUUCGCCAGGAGAUUAAAAUCACCAGCAAGUUUCGGGGCAAAUACCUCUCCAUCAUGCCUCUGGGUACCAUCCACUGCGUCUUCCACUCCACCGGCAAUCACUACACAUGGAAAAAGGUCACAACCACCGUGCACAACAUCAUUGUGGGCAAGCUCUGGAUAGACCAGUCAGGUGAAAUUGAGAUCGUCAAUCACAAGACGGGUGACAAGUGCAUCCUCAAGUUCGUCCCUUACAGCUACUUCUCCCGGGAUGUGGCGAGGAAGGUCACUGGGGAGGUGACAGACCCUGCCGGGAAGGUGCAUUUUGUCUUGCUGGGCACCUGGGAUGAGAAGAUGGACUGCUACAAGGUGAUACCAGGUGUCGGGGACAACGGUGCGGAGGGACGUCAGAGGGUCCACGAGGCUGAGGAAAGCCGAGUGCUGCUGUGGAAAAGGAACCCCCUCCCGAAGUACGCGGAGAACAUGUAUUACUUCUCGGAGCUGGCGCUGACGCUCAACGCCCCAGAGAGCGGCACAGCACCCACAGACAGCCGCCGGCGCCCCGACCAGCGCCUCAUGGAGAACGGGCGCUGGGAUGAGGCCAAUGCUGAGAAGCAGCGGCUGGAGGAGAAGCAGCGCAUCUCCCGCAAGAGGCGCGAGGCUGAGGCUGCGAGGGCCACAGAGGACGGCACCCCCUAUGACCCCUACAAGCCGCUGUGGUUCGAGCGCAAGAAGGACCCCAUCACCCAGGAGCUGACGCACGUCUACAAGGGUGGCUACUGGGAGAGCAAAGAGAAGCAGGACUGGACCUUGUGCCCGGACAUUUUCUGAGCUGGCAGUGGGAGGAACAGCAGGGUGAAGGCGAGCUGACUGCGAGGGGAGCAGCUGCGCUGGGCCAGCAUCGCGUGGCGCUUUCCGCAGCACGCAUCUGUCUGUCCGUCUGUCUUAACUGCCUGUCCGUCCUCAUGUGUCGCUGCGAGCACCAGCUGCGCUCGCCUGCCGGGGUUGCCUUAGCCGAUCCAAACUGACCUUGAUGCCGGGGUGGGCAGCAGGAGCCAGCCCAGCCCUGUGUUUGCUCCCUCGGGGGUUUUCCCCCUCCAUCCCACACGUCCGCACUUGUGCACAGCCCGGCCCCAGCGCCCCUCCCCAGCAGGGGGUAAAUCACACCCUGUGCAUUUCCCUGGGGUGCCAGGACAUGGCCCCUCAACAUGCACACCCAGGAGCGGGAGGCAAGCGUGACUCCCAGGGAGGACAGGGUGCCACCUCUGCCUGGGGCGGGAGGCACCGCGGGGGAGAGCCUGAGGCUGGCCUUGGUCUCUGCCCACCCUCUCAUUUCCUUCCCUGUUUCCUCUGCCCCCAGGUGGCCAGGUGCUCUCUUCCGCUCAGGGUGCCUGGGCUCCUGGGUGCCCCUUGCCCUGCCCUGCAGCCUGGUCUAUAGGUGUAUAUGAUAAGAUAUAUAGAGAGCUACUGGGGCCCCUGGUCCCGUUCUUCCCCUGCAGCUCUGCGGCACUUGAGGGGAGCGGGCACCUGGCCUACCCCUGCCUCAGGGCCUGGAGUGCCCUGUCCCCCAGCCUUCCUGGCCACACCGCUCCUCCCAGGCUGGGGCUUCCUUCUCGAGGUGCCUUCCUCGUAGGUUAUGUAGGGGAAAGGGAGAUCCUCGGUUGUGUGUGGGCAGCCCUGGGCAUCAGCGGGCUGUGCUAGGCUGUUCUGUGCCCACUACCCUCCCCUGGUAGAGGCAGCGUGGCACGGUGGCCCAUGUCCGUCUCCCCUUACCCAUCCCCUUCCUGCCCUCCAGGUGGGAGUUCUCUGUGGAGCAGGUGAGCAGGGGUCCCUGCAUCCCCAAACACUACAGUCGGGUGGAGACACUCAGCCAGGGGUGGGAGGGAGGGGAUUGCUGGUGAGCAGGGGGCCUCUGCACCUCCAAACACAAUGUGGGAGCAGUGCUGCCCUUCUAGGGGGCAUCUCUGUGGGCAGGGGCUCACUGCAUCCCCCAAAAUGACAGAAAAACAGGGGCGUAUGAUGCCUUUUUUUUUCUUUCUUUUUUUUCCUUCCACGAGAACUAAAUUAAAACCUGUGAA